CGCAGAUGAGACAGCUCCGUAGAGGCGAGAAAAAAGCAUGAUGGACAGCGCUUGAGAUGUUGUCGAUCUGUGCCACUCGCACUGCCUCCACCAUCACAGUCCACCAUCUUCAUCUCUGACACAAUUUCUUCAAGGUAGGGAAGGGAAGCAGGCACUGGCAGGCAGGAGAAGAUCAGAAGCUGUGUGCUUUGCAAGACGUCAAUUCGUCUCUCGAUGGCUCUCCUCUAGCAUGAUGAUGGCGUUGAUGAGUGUUGCUGGGCUGACGUCAAGGCCGGCAUGAUGGACAAAAGACCCUUGCGUGUUCCGUGAAGGCUCUUUGUGUUUGGUGUGCGUUAGCCGAUAUCUCGCUUGACCACUGCGUUACGCAACUCUUUGCAGGACACUUCCCCGUGUUCUGCCUCCUUCGCUGAUCUCGGCCGGUGUGUGUUGUCUUGACUGACGGCGAGGAAUACUGACACUCGACGCAUCACACACUCACUAAUAAGGUGCGAAUGGACUCACACAGGGAGAGGGGGAGGCACACCGUAAGUGAUCCUCUGUUUGAGUGUGAUGUGUGUCAGCAGGUCGCGUUAGUGAUGGCCUCUGGCACUGCGCAAGGCCAGCAGUCUGUUGACUGUCUGCGGCCAAUACCGACCAGACAGUUGAGUGAGGGCAUCGUCCGUCGGACCUUCACCGAUCCGCAGCAAGUGGCGCAGCUCAUACGCGAUGGCGCUGACCCCAAUGCUGAGCCCUGCCCGUGGGUGCGGGGUGCGAUUGCUGCGCUGUCGUAUCGGCUGCUCGCUCUCGCCGUCGACAACCUCAGCGACGGCACCCUGCAUACUAUCCAGGUGGACGACAGCCACGGUCGUCUGCGGCAUCUCACACUACCUCGGUGGCCGUCUGCUGAGCUGGAGGCGGCUAUCAUCAACGCUCUCAUCGACGGAGGCGCCCACGUCAAUCCGCCGGCCCACGUGAACAGGCCCAUCAGGGUGGCUGUCGAAUGUGCCAAUGAGAACGCUGUGAGGGUUUUAUUGGCACGCGGUGCUGCGGUGCGCCGCCUUCAAAGCCCGUUCUUGAUCAUGGAGCUGCCCACGUCCACCAUCUUCGACGGAGUCGGCCAUCAGGUGUCCCUCGGCUAUGAGCAGCGGCUGCUGUCGAUCUACCGCCGGCUCAUCCAGCACGACCCCACACUCGCAACCAAACAAAUUGGGGGCGGUCAAACUCUGAUCCAGAAGGCGGCGUGGAGCGAGCGAGGCCACUAUUCGCAGGCCUUCAUCGAUUCGUAUCUCGACCUGCUGGUGGACAAGGGGGCCAGUCUGACGGCAGUGAAUGGGUCUGGAUGGACGGCUCUGCACUCGGCGAUAGAGUGCGGCUCUCCGUGUGUGACUGACUACCUCUGCCGCCAUGUGGCAGCAGCGGACAUCGACAGAGAGACGACAGGCGGGGGUACCCCAGCGAGACGCCCCUGGUUGUGGCCGCCCGCAGAAUCUAUCGAUCGCUUGAGCUCUCGCAAGACGUCACCGUGUCGCAGGACGACGGGGACCGAGCCACCAGCAAGAUUCCCCUUUACGAGGCGACCAUCCGCAGCUUGCUGAGAAUCGGAGCGGACAUCGGCCGCAUCCCCACAGACACAGAGGAAGACACGGCUGCCGCCAGCUGGUGCUGACCCAGUGCACGACAGUGCUCAACACGGACAUCCACACUGGGGCGAUGGCGGCCCUCAACGCCGCCCUCGCCCCUCAGCGGUCGCUGGCUGCCCUGAUGACCCACUUGCUGCCGCUCGUUGAUCACAAUGACGGCGAAGACCCUGCCCCCUCCCCCCUCUCAUGCGGCCCACACGAGGCAGAGGCAAUCGGCUGGCGCAUCGCCGCCAUGUGCUUCGACCAACACGCCGCCAACGAGACCAUCACUGCCAAGAUCGGCAUCCGCAACAGCGACAUGGCCCGCCGUGUGUGUGCGGCCGUCGACCGCUCCGUCAAGUCGGCGCUGUAUGCGAGCAGCAACAGGGAGGUGGUGGGCGGGACGGCCAAUGUGGGCGGCGUGACGGUGCGGGUGCCGCUGCAGUGCUUCGCCAUUAGGGCCGACAGCCGCCCACACCAGGUGGUCCACACACGGGGCCGUGUGGGUGUGCGUGAGGUGGUGCAGAGGGCCCGGCUGGACGAGGCGGCCCGACACGGCAUAGAGGAGGGGGCCAUCAACAAGGGCUUCAACGAGCAUUUGGGUAAUGCCGACUGUCAGUUUGGUGGGUGGCAGCAGCUGGGCCGCAUCGACGAGCGGGGGCAGUGGGUGACACUCGGCAUCGACUGAGAGGGAGGGAGAGAGGGAUGCAUGGAGAGGUGCGUCAGUCAUGUGUGCGUGGACUGUUUGGUGUCUGACAAUUUUGGCAUGUUGAAUCGGCCUGGGUGUGUGGUGGACUCGUUUCAUGAAUUGACCAUCCUGACGUGGCGCAUAAAGCAAAUGGACAGGUACGCAAUGCAUCACAUUACGA